AUGCCGUCAAUACGAACUCGCGCCGCGUUCCACGGCGUUGCGUUCUGUAGCGGCGAGAGGCGGCGCGGCGUCGCGUCACGGUCAGCAGCCGUCCCCCUCGCCGUGCCUCCUCGGCGACGCGCCCGCGCCGCCGUCCUCCUCGCUCGCGACGCGCGGCGAAUGUCAGCCGUGCUGUUACUCGCCGCGCUUCUCGCGCUUCAACCCGGAGCGCAACCGCGACUCGCUUGCACUGACGCCGGCGGCGGCGGCGGGGGCGGAGGGGGGGUGCUUCUCGCAAGAGCUGCAGAUUCGGCGUGGAUUCACGAAGCCGAUGCCAAGUGGCUGGCAGAAAUAAUGGGCGCGUGGAACAAACAGUUCGCGGGGUGGCAGGCGAACGGGGUGUGUGCGACCGCGUGGGGUCUGAGCUGCAAGGAUGUGUCGGGGCGAGUCGCUUCCAUGGCUCUCCCCUCGCAGCAGCUGAGUGGAGGCAUCCCAUCGGCCAUCAGCCACUUGACCUACCUAACACGCCUGGACUUGAGCUCCAACCAGCUCUCAGGCUCCCUCCCUGACUUCCUUGGUGCCCUGCUCAACCUUCAAUACCUGGACUUGAGUGGCAACUCAUUUGAGGGAGCCAUUCCCAGCAGCUUCAGCAACCUCGUGAACCUCCGAUCGCUCUCUCUGCACCACAAUCAACUCUCAGGCGCCAUUCCACCUUUCAUUGACCAAGCCAAGCUCCUCUCCCUUCUGGAUCUGAGCAGCAACAGCUUCACAGGACCCAUUCCGCCUCAAGUCGCCACUCUCACCAACCUCACCACCUUAAGCUUGGGUGCCAACAAGGGAUUGGCUGGCAGCAUUCCCGAGGCAAUAGGCAACCUCACGUCCCUGGAGUCUCUCAAGCUGGGGUCAGCUCAGCUCAAUGGCUCCCUGCCCCUCAGCCUGAGCCGUCUCACUCAACUCACCAUGCUUGACAUCAGCAACACGGCUAUCAGCGGCUCUGUGCCAGCUUUUCUCGGGAGCCUCUCUGACUUCCUCACAUUCAUGAAGAGCAGCAACAUGGCAUGCAACAGCACCACCGACAGCAGCAGCAGUGUGUGCGCCCUGAUCAACCCCUCAACAGUCUCCCGCAACUCGGCCUUCUGCCGGGAGUGCUCCGACCUCUGCUCCACGUGCCUCCCAGCCGCCCCCCCGCCCACCGACCCCUCACAACCCUCAGGCUCCUCUUCCUCUGCUUCUACGGGUCUCAUAGUUGGGGUGGCUGUGGCAGGGGCCGUGCUGCUGCUGCUGCUGCUGUGGGCGGUCCUUUGGUGGUGGAGAAGACGGGAGCGUGGGGAGAAGCAAGGCCCAUCGCCCUUCACAGUGGCGGUGGGGGAAGGCGAAGAGCCAAUCGACUGCCAGCAGUAUUCCAUAGAGGACAUGCGCAGGGCCACAGCAGACUGGUCCUCGCGGAACCGCAUCGGCACGGGGGGCUUUGGAGAUGUGUUCAGAGGGGCGUCGCCGUACGACCCAAGUGUGUUUUGGGCGGUGAAGCGGGCGCGCGUCCUCACUAACGACUUUCUGCAGGAGAUCGAGCACAUGGCGAGCAAGAACCACCCGUGCCUGGUGCGGCUGCUGGGGUUCUGCCACGACUACAACCCGCGCACGCAGCGCAUGGAGCAGAUUGUGAUCUACGAAUUCAUGGAUAAUGGGGACCUGUCUCAGUGGACAAAACCAGGCGCCAAGCACCUGACAGCGGUCCAGCUGCUGGACACGCAGCUGUCGGUGACACAGUGGCUGGCAUUCCUGCAUGGCUCAUGCAGGUGGGAGGUGUCUUGUGCUGUACCAGCAUGCAGGUGGGAGGUGUCUUGUGCUGUACCAGCAUGCAGGUGGGAGGUGUCUUGUGCUGUACCAGCAUGCAGGUGGGAGGUGUCUUGUGCUGUACCAGCAUGCAGGUGGGAGGUGUCUUGUGCUGUACCAGCAUGCAGGUGGGAGGUGUCUUGUGCUGUACCAGCAUGCAGGUGGGAGGUGUCUUGUGCUGUACCAGCAUGCAGGUGGGAGGUGUCUUGUGCUGUACCAGCAUGCAGCCCUUCAUUAUCCCAUGCCCCUGCCUCCUCCCCAUGCCCCUGCCUCCUCCCCAUGGCCCUGCCUCCUCCCCAUGCCCCUGCCUCCUCCCCAUGCCCCUGCCUCCUCUCACGCCUCUGA